AGAAAUGGCCAAUGAGAAUCACGGAAGCCCUGCGGAGGAAGCGUCUCUCAUGAGUCACUCACCUGGCACCUCCAACCAGAACCAGCCCAGCUCCCCCAAACCUAUGCGACUGGUACAGGACCUGCCAGAUGAGCUGGUGCAGGCUGGCUGGGAGAAGUGCUGGAGCAAGCGGGAGAAUCGUCCUUACUACUUCAAUCGCUUCACUAACCAGUCUCUGUGGGAAAUGCCUGUUCUGGGACAGCACGAUGUCAUUUCAGACCCUCUGGGAUUGAAUGCGGCUCCGAUGCCACUGGAAGGUGGUAUGAUAGAUACCUCUGUGGAGAGCAAGCAAAGGAAGAGGAGAUUCUCUGAAGAGGUUCCACCGAGCGGCAACAGUGUGAAAAAGCCCAAGGCGGACGUCCCAGGGAACCCAGCUGCUCAGCUAGUCCCCAGCUCUCCCAGUAUUCCAGGAACCUCUGUUUUGAAGGCAUGGUGUGUUUCACCUGAAGAUAAACAGCAGGCAGCUCUUUUACGACCAACUGAAGUAUAUUGGGACCUGGAUAUUCAGACAAAUGCAGUGAUUAAGCAGAGAGCACCAUCUGAAGUGCUUUCUCCACACCCCGAGGUGGAGCUGCUUCGAUCCCAGCUCAUUCUCAAGCUGCGGCAACAUUAUCGUGAGCUCUGCCAGCAGCGAGAAGGGAUUGACCCCCCAAGGGAGUCCUUUAAUCGCUGGAUGUUGGAGAGGAAGGUCGUUGAUAAAGGGACAGAUCCUCUUUUACCGAGUGACUGCGAGCCAGUAGUGUCUCCUUCCAUGUUCAGAGAGAUCAUGAAUGACAUUCCCAUCAGGUUAUCCAGAAUCAAGUUCCGGGAGGAAGCCAAGAGACUGCUCUUCAAGUAUGCCGAGGCUGCGAAACGGCUGAUUGAAUCCAGGAGUGCUUCACCAGACAGCAGGAAGGUGGUGAAGUGGAACGUGGAGGACACCUUCAGCUGGCUGCGACGGGACCAUUCUGCCUCUAAGGAGGACUACAUGGACCGCCUGGAGCACUUACGCAAACAAUGUGGGCCCCAUGUGUCUGCUGCAGCAAAGGACUCCGUUGAAGGCAUCUGCAGUAAGAUUUACUACAUAUCCCUUGAAUACGUCAAGCGGAUCCGGGAGAAGCAUCUUGCCAUCCUCAAAGAGAACAAUAUAUCUGCUGAGAUAGAAGCUCCUGAAGUCCAGGACAGGCUCGUAUACUGUUACCCAGUGAGACUGGCCAUCCCCUCCCCACCACUCCCCAGUGUGGAAAUGCAUAUGGAAAACAAUGUGGCAUGUGUGCGGUACAAGGGGGAGAUGGUGAAAGUGAGCCGCAACUACUUCAGCAAGCUGUGGCUUCUCUAUCGGUACAGUUGCAUUGACGACUCUGGCUUUGAAAAGUUUCUGCCCAGGGUUUGGUGCCUUCUCCGUCGAUAUCAGAUGAUGUUCGGUGUGGGUCUGUACGAAGGAACUGGUCUGCAGGGGGCACUUCCCGUGCACGUCUUCGAAGCCCUCCACAAGCUCUUUGGAGUGAGUUUUGAAUGCUUUGCCUCGCCCCUGAAUUGCUAUUUUAAACAGUACUGUUCGGCCUUCUUGGAUACAGACGGGUAUUUUGGAUCCAGGGGCCCGUGCCUGGAUUUCUUCCCUAUAAGUGGCUCUUUUGAGGCAAAUCCUCCGUUCUGUGAGGAGCUGAUGGAUGCCAUGGUCUCUCACUUUGAGAAACUGCUGGAGAACUCCAGUGAGCCUCUCUCCUUUAUCGUCUUCAUCCCCGAGUGGCGGGACCCUGGCCCUCCUCCCCCAGCCCUGACCCGCAUGGAGCAGAGCAAGUUCAAGCGGCACCAGCUUAUCCUGCCAGCCUUUGAUCAUGAAUACCGCAGCGGGUCUCAGCAUGUCUGCAAAAAAGAGGAGAUGUACUACAAGGCCGUGCACAACACAGCCGUCCUCUUCCUGCAGAACAGUGCGGGCUUUGCCAAGUGGGAGCCCACGCCGGAGCGGCUGCAGGAGCUCGUUGCAGCCUACAAGCAUUCAGGCCGGACCCUCAGUUCCUUGUCCUCAUCCUCCUCCUCCACAGCAGACAAAAAGCAGGAGCUGGGCCGAGAGCAAAGCAGCAGCCGGGAGACUAAUCCCAACUAAGGCGCAGAGGUGCGAGGCAGCAGGGGAGGUGCCGGCGGCCACGAGGAGGCUUGCCGGGGCAGUGGAGAGACUGCUGGCUGCGUAGCACCGGCCCGGGGGACUCUUGUGCAGCAGCUCCACGGCACCUGCUUUCCUCUGCGAACUGCACGCCGCCCCCGCCCACGAGCACCGGGGAGCACCCGGCCACCGGUGGGGAGAGGAGGCUCGGCUGUGGCCCUCACCGGAGGGCAAGGGAACCCAGCGUGGUGCGGCAGGAGGAGCAGGCAGUCCCUUCGACGCCAGAGCGCCGAGGGAAGGGGCGGCCGGAGCUGGGACGC